AACAAGAAAAAUCUUAUUUACACAAACCCCAAUUCAAGCAGUUUCCCUCCUGCUAGGACGCUCUCUUAGGAUCCCUAUUACUUCCCUUUCUUCUUCUCCCUUUGCUUCUUCUUCUUGUCUCCUGUUUCAGUUAGGAAACCAUCAAAAUCAGUAUAAAAAAUGAAGAGCUGCAAUGUUUCUUCCAAACUAGAAAGAAAGACUGUGGAGAGAAACAGGAGAAUGCACAUGAAGAGCUUAUGUUUCAAGCUGGCCUCUCUCAUCCCACCUCACUACUCUAAGGAGGCACUAUCACAACAAGAUCAGCUGGACCAAGCGGCCGUUUACAUUAAGCAAUUGCGAGAGAAGAUCGACGAACUGAAGGAGAAGAGGGAUUUAGCGACGAGCAUUGAAGGGAUUAACAAAGAUAUUAGUGGGGCGAUGAUGGUUUUAGGCCUAAGAUUACCUGUGGUUGAAGUGAGGGACUUGGGUUCUUCUCUUGAAGUGGUCUUGAUUAGUGGAUUGAAUAAGAAUUUCAUGCUUUGUGAUGUGAUUAGUGUUAUUGAGGAAGAAGGAGCUGAAGUUGUCAAUGCUAGCUUCUCUUUUGUGGCUGAUAAGGUCUUCCACAUCAUCCAUUCUCAGGUUACUAGCUCUAGAGUGGGGUUUGAGAGCUCAAGGGUGUAUGAGAGACUGAGGGAGUUGGUGCGCUGAGAUGUAUGUGGGUUCUUUGUACAACUAGUGUAUGGUGACGUGGAAACGUUUGAUGACGAAAAGAAAAGAAUUUUUCUUUAGUGAAUGGUCGUUGGCAGGAAUUCAAUGGAAAAUCAAGUGUUUCUGGCUUCUGCCAGUACCAGACUGUGGCCCACAAAACAAAUUAAUUGUAGUUAGUAGUAUGAGUUAUUUGAUACUCUGGCCUUGCAUGAGGCUUGAUAUGCAGGCAACUAGAAAUGUACAACGGGGUCAUUCCCGGGAAUUCAAUGGAAAAUCAAAUGUUUC